CGUAACAAAUACAAAUCUAAAAUGCAAAGUUGCAGUCAGGUGGUAAAAGGAUUCAUGCAAAGACUGAAUCAGCCAUUUUCUACUACAGAGGAAAUAAAACAAUUGAUGUCAGUUUUGGAAGAAGUCAGAGAAAAAGAAGUAGAUAUAGAUUAUGAAAUCAUGCCCAUUGAAGAAUGUUAUGUGACACUUUCGUCUUACAAAUUGGUUCCAAACAAGGAAGAUCUGGACUCAGUCGAAGCUCUCCGUUAUACCUGGGAGAAGACUCAAAAGCUGUCUAUAGAUACGCAGAAUUCUCUUCUGGAUAUGAAAACUCAGUUUCAAACACAGCUCAACAACAGCAUUUCAACAUUUACUGCAGAAUUUGAAAAAUUUCAGCUCGAUUAUCAGGAGAAAGGACCACUGGUUGUUGGUUUAUCAGCAAUGGAAGCAUCCAAUAGAUUGGCUGAGUACCAGAAUCGCUUUGAGGCACUUUGGCAAAAAUAUAUGACGUACACAGAUGGAGCUAUACUAUUUGGUUAUAAAUGUAAAGAAUUUCCUCGCUUGCAUUACAUUAAGAAGGAGCUGGGAAUGAUGCAGAAGCUGUACAAGUUGUACAAUGAUGUUCUGGACAGAGUUAACGGAUAUCAAGAUAUUUUGUGGAAUAAUGUAGACAUUGAUAAAAUCACGAAUGAACUGAUAGAAUUUCAAAAUAGAUGCCGAAAAUUGCCGAAAGGCCUAAAAGAAUGGCCAGCUUUUACUACCUUAAAGAAAACGAUCGACGAUUUUAACGAAUUGUGUCCAUUGCUGGAUCUCAUGACCAACAAAGCCAUGAAAAACAGACAUUGGAAGAGACUUAUGGAACUAACAGGCCAGGAAUUUGAUAUAGGGUGUCCCCAUUUUUGCUUGAAGGACAUCUUGAAGGCACCUUUGUUAAGUCAUAAAGAAGAUAUUGAGGAUAUUUGUAUAUCAGCAUUAAAAGAGCGAGAUAUUGAAGGAAAGCUGCGCCAAGUGACUUCUGAAUGGAGCAAUCAAAAUUUAACUUUUGCAACUUUUAAGAACAGGGGAGAGUUAUUGCUGAGAGGAGACACCACAGCCGAAAUUAUUUCUUUAUUGGAAGACAGUCUCAUGAUUCUUGGGUCUUUACAAAGUAAUCGGUACAAUGCACCAUUCAAAAUUCAGAUCCAAAAGUGGGUUCAAGAUCUCUCAAAUACUAAUGAAUGUUUGGAAAGAUGGCUUUUCACACAAAAUAUGUGGGUGUACCUGGAAGCAGUAUUUGUUGGUGGUGAUAUAGCCAAACAAUUACCGAAGGAGGCAAAGCGUUUCAACACAAUUGACAAAUCUUGGGGAAAGAUUAUGAUCCGUGCUCAUGAAAAGAGCAAUGUUGUUGAAUGCUGUGUUGGGGACGAUACUUUGAAGCAAUUACUGCCUUAUUUGCAAGAACAACUUGAAAUUUGUCAAAAGUCAUUAGCAGGGUAUUUGGAAAAGAAACGAUUGAUGUUUCCUCGAUUUUUCUUUGUCUCCGAUCCAGCUCUUCUGGAGAUUUUAGGUCAAGCCAGCGACUCACAUUCAAUUCAGAGUCACCUUCUCAGCAUAUUUGACAAUACAAAAUCCUUAGUUUUCGAUGACCUAGACUAUAACAAAAUUUUAGAAAUUGUUUCUUCGGAAGGGGAAAAAAUAACUUUGAACAAACCAGUCAAAGCAGAAGGAAAUGUAGAAAGUUGGUUAAUGAAUUUAUUGAAAAUGUCACACCAGUCACUUCACAGUGUAAUUCGCAAGGCUGCCAUUUCUACGACUAGUCCUAAAUUCACACUUAUGGAAUUUCUCAGAGAUUACCCAGCUCAAGUAGGUCUUCUUUGUCUUCAGAUUAUUUGGACUCGAGAAUCAGAAGUGGCUCUAGCUUAUUCCACUCAAGAUAAAAAAGUUAUGGAACAAACCAAUGGACUAUUCUUAGAUCUUCUCAACACUCUAAUCGAGGAAACUACUAAAGAUCUAGGAGUUGUGGAGAGGACAAAAUUUGAAACAUUAAUUACAAUUCAUGUUCACCAAAGAGACAUCUUCAACGAUUUGUGUCGAUAUGGAAUAAAAUCAGCCAAAGAUUUUGAAUGGGUGAAGCAAUUCAGAUUCUACUUUGAGGCCGAUGACGAUCUUACAGCAAUAGGAAUAACAGAUGUCAAAUUUACUUACCAGAAUGAAUUUCUGGGAUGUACCGAGAGGCUCGUCAUCACACCUCUAACUGAUAGAUGCUACAUCACAUUAGCUCAAGCUUUGCAAUUGCAUAUGGGAGGUGCUCCAACAGGACCAGCUGGAACGGGGAAAACAGAAACAACUAAAGACAUGGGAAAAAUGCUCGGUAAAUACGUCGUGGUGUUUAACUGUUCCGACCAGAUGGACUACAAAGGAUUAGGAAGAAUAUUUAAAGGCUUGGCACAAUCAGGUUCAUGGGGCUGCUUCGAUGAAUUUAACAGAAUUGAACUUCCUGUUCUAUCGGUGGCAGCUCAACAGAUUUCAAUUGUCUUAACAUGUAAAAAAGAACAUAAGGAAACCUUUAUCUUCAGCGAUGGAGAAGUAAUAAGAAUGAAUCCAGAAUUCGGAAUAUUCCUCACUAUGAAUCCUGGAUAUGCAGGCAGACAAGAGCUUCCGGAAAAUUUGAAAAUACAGUUUCGCACUGUAGCCAUGAUGGUUCCAGACAGACAGAUAAUUAUCAGAGUAAAGUUGGCAAGUUGUGGAUUUUUAGAAAAUAUCACUCUUGCGAGGAAGUUUUACACUCUGUAUAAAUUAUGCGAAGAACAAUUAUCAAAACAGGUGCAUUAUGAUUUUGGUCUACGAAAUAUCCUUUCUGUUUUGCGCACCCUUGGUGCUACUAAACGAAGCAAUACCACAGAUUCCGAAAGUGCCAUAGUCAUGAGAGUAUUAAAAGACAUGAAUUUAUCCAAAUUGAUUGAUGAGAACGAGCCCUUAUUUUUGUCUCUGCUGAAUGACCUCUUCCCUGGUAUUAAAGAUCGCAAAAAAGGCAACACUGAACUGGAAGAGGCUAUAGAAGCGCAGGUGAAAGAGGCAGGCUUAGUAUCAUACCCCGCUUGGACAGUCAAGCUUUUGCAGUUAUAUGAAACUCAGUUAGUUCGACAUGGAAUUAUGACACUAGGGCCGGCAGGAGGUGGCAAAAGUUCAUGUAUUCGUAUCCUCAUGGCGGCUUUAACGGCUCUUGGUACUCCUCACAAAGAAAUGAGGAUGAAUCCGAAAGCGAUUACUGCACCGCAGAUGUUCGGAAGAUUGGAUGUGGCCACUGAUGAUUGGACAGACGGUAUUUUUUCUGCACUAUGGAGAAAAACUUUGAAGGCAAAGAAAGGAGAAUUCGUCUGGAUAAUUCUGGAUGGUCCUGUAGAUGCCAUUUGGAUUGAAAAUCUUAACUCUGUAUUAGAUGAUAAUAAGACUUUGACAUUGGCGAAUGGAGAUCGAAUCCCGAUGGCCCCUAAUUGCAAGGUACUCUUUGAAGUACAUAAUCUAGACAAUGCAUCACAUGCAACUGUGUCUCGUAACGGCAUGGUUUACAUGAGCUCAUCUUGCUUACCUUGGAAGCCCAUACUUACAGCUUGGCUUAUGAAACAACCGAAAAUGCUUGCCCGAGGAGUUUCUCAACUUUUCGAGAGAUCAUUUGAAGCAAUUUACAUAUGGUCCACUGAAAACUUAGUUUUCAAAAUGAAAAUAUUACAGUGUAUGAUAAUUACGCAAUUCAUAAAAUUGAUGGAUGGUUUGCUCCCAUUGGAGGAAAAGGACCAAAAAGAUUUGAACGUGCUAGCUGGAAUACUACAAAAAACAUAUGUUUUCUGUCUUAUGUGGAGUAUUGGAGCAUUUUUAGAAAUACCAGAUCGUCUAAAAUUUGAAAAAUAUUUACAGGAUGAAACCGAUUAUAAUCUUGAUCUACCACAUAUCACAGAUCUUAAUGAUUCUAUCUUCGAUUUCAACGUUGAUAGUACAGGGGAAUGGAAGCAUUGGAAGUCCUAUGUCCCAGAUUAUGUCUAUAAACCCUCUAAUAGUGCGGAGUAUAUAUCUAUUCUUAUACCAAACAUAGAUAAUGUUAGAACAGAUUUCCUUAUCAACACCAUUGCUAAGCAAGGAGAUCCUGUUUUGUUACUGGGGGAGCCAGGCACAGCAAAGACUGUGAUUUUGAAAGCCUAUACAUCAAAGUUUAAUCCUGAAAUUCAUGUAAGCAAAAGUGUAAAUUUUUCAUCUGCAACAACACCAUUACACUUUCAGAAAGCAAUUGAGAGCUACAUUGAAAAACGAGCUGGAAACAUCUAUGGACCUGCAGCUGGAAAAAAGUUAACAAUCAUAGUUGAUGACAUAAACAUGCCUCUAAUCAAUACCUGGGGUGAUCAGGUUACCAAUGAAAUUGUACGGCAGACAAUAGAAAUGACUGGAUUCUACUGCUUAGAACGUCCAGGAGAAUUUUUAAAGUUAGCGGAUCUUCAUUAUUUGGCCGCUAUGUGUCAGCCCGGGGGUGGAAGGAAUGAGAUACCUGAAAGAUUGAAACGGCACUUCGCCAUUUUCAAUUGUACUCUUCCUACAGAUUCCUCUAUUGACAAAAUAUUCGGUUGUAUCGUUAAAGGUGCUUUCUCUCUCGAGCAAGGUUUCUCUGAUGAGAUUCUUAGCUUGACUGAAAAACUAGUGCCGGUGACUCGAAAACUUUGGCAAGCAACAAAGGCUACCAUGCUACCAACUCCAACUAAAUUCCACUACGUUUUCAAUCUAAGGGAGCUAUCACGAAUAUGGCAAGGAAUGACGUCCGCCUUACCGUCUGUUUUGGGUGAUAAAGAAACGCUUCUUUCUUUGUGGAAGCAUGAAUGUUGUCGUGUCAUAGCUGACAGAUUUAUACAACAGCAAGAUUACGAUUGGUUUGAAGACACAUUAGCCCAACUGUUAUCAGAUGAACUUGGCGAGAGUAUUUCUUAUUCCAAAGAAGAUAUUUGCUUUUUUGUGGAUUUUCUCAGAGAUACUCCAGAAGUUACAGGAGAGGAUGAAGCAGAAGUAGAAAUGCCUAAAAUUUAUGAACCUGUGCGAUCAUUGGACGUUCUUCAAGACAGAUUGACCUUCCUCCUAAGUUUAUACAACGAAGUAGCCAGAACGGCUCAUAUGGAUAUAGUUUUCUUUAAAGACGCCGUUUCCCAUUUAACAAGGAUAUCCAGGAUAAUUCGAGCUCCAGGGGGUCACGCUCUUCUCGUCGGCGUGGGAGGAUCUGGAAAACAGUCUUUAACGAAACUAGCAGCUUUCAUUGCUCACUACAAUACUCAACAAAUUAGUUUGACCAGGAGCUACGGUGCGUCGAAUUUCUUAGAAGAUUUAAAACUCCUUUAUAGAGCUACGGGAGUUCACGAUAAAGGCACUACUUUUAUAUUUACUGACCAAGCAUUAAAAGAUGAGUGUUUUCUAGAAUAUUUGAACAACGUAUUAACUUGUGGAGUGGUGUCCAACUUGUUUAACCGAGAUGAGAAAGCUGAUAUUAUUGGAGAAUUAACUCCUAUCAUGAAAAGAGAGAGACCGCGAUGUCCACCUACUCCGGAGAAUGUCAUGGAUUAUUUUCUUUACAGAACUCGGAAGAAUUUGCAUGUAGUACUCUGUUUCUCACCUGUUGGUGAGAAAUUGCGUGCACACGCUCUAAGAUUUCCAGGCAUCGUAACGGGUUGUACGGUAGACUGGUUCCAACCGUGGCCCAAAGAAGCAUUAAUAUCUGUGUCCAAGCAUUUUCUUCGAGACUUUGAUCUUCAGUGUGAAGCUCCUGUAAAAACUGAAGUCAUUCGCACCAUGGGAGAUAUUCACGACCUAGUAGCUGAACAAUGUGCUGAAUACUAUCAAAAAUUUCGUCGUCCAGCUCACGUGACGCCCAAGUCAUUCUUAUCUUUCAUCAAUGGUUAUAAAAAACUGUACGAAGAGAAACAUAAAGAGAUUGGUAACACUUGUACUCGAAUGGAGAACGGAAUAUCAAAAUUAGAAGAAGCUUCUAUGCUCGUAGAAAGAAUGAAGGAGACAUUAGCUGUUAUGGAUGAAGAGUUAGAACAAGCCUCUAAGACUGCCGAACAAGUGCUAGCUGAAGUGUCAGUUAGAGCAGAGGCUGCAGAAGUUGCUCGUGAUAGUGUAGAGAAAGCCAAAUACGCUGCUCAAGAAAUAGUAAAAGAAAUACAAGUGGAUAAAGCUAUAGCUGAAGAGAAAUUAGAAGCUGCUAGACCUGCUUUAGAAGAUGCAGAAGCAGCCUUAAACACUAUACAGCCUACACAUAUUGCGACUGUCCGUAAACUGGGUCGUCCUCCAGCUCUGAUCAUGUACAUCAUGGAUUGCGUUAUGAUUCUUUUCCAAAAAAGAUUACAGUCUGUGCAAGUGGAUCCUAUGAGAAAAUUCAUCAAACCAUCCUGGGAGGAAUCUUUAAAAUUUAUGUCAACCACGGGAUUUCUCGCGGCUUUACAAAAUUUUCCAAAAGACACGAUCAACGAUGAAGUUGUAGAGUUAUUGGAACCGUACUUGAUCAUGAAAGAUUACAAUAUGGAGACAGCAAAAAGGGUGUGCGGCGAUGUUGCAGGUCUUCUCUCCUGGACAAAAUCCAUGGCGUUUUUCUUCGGAAUAAAUAAAGAAGUUUUACCUCUAAAGCAUAACUUAGCCGUCCAGGAAGCUCGUUUAGCCGUUGCCAUGAAGGAACUAAAAUCAGUGGAACAACAACUCGAAGAUAAAGAGAACGAUUUGAAAGAAGUCAAAGCUCAAUAUGAGAAUGCUAUUGCAAACAAAGAGAAAUUAGCUGAAGAAGCUGCAGUGUGUCGCCGAAAGAUGUCGCGAGCGUCUAUGCUCAUAACUGAGUUAGGAGGAGAAUACAAGAGAUGGACGAAUGAAAGCAAACAACUGAAAGAGCAAAUCAAAAAACUAGUUGGUGAUGUUCUGGUAGCUACUGGUUUCCUCUCAUAUGCUGGACCAUUUAAUCAAGACUAUCGAUCAUCACUCAUGAGCUCUUGGCAUUCAGAAAUUCUUAAGCGAAAAAUUCCGGUCAGCCAAAAAAUAAAUACCAUGGAGAUGUUGGUCAGUGCAUCCACGAUUUCAGAAUGGAAUUUGUGUGGCCUGCCUAGUGAUGAGCUGUCGUCACAGAAUGGCAUACUUGUCACUAAUGCUCUUAGAUAUCCUCUUCUAAUCGAUCCUCAAGGGCAAGGGAAAUCAUGGCUGAAAAACUCUGAAGCAAAACACGACCUACAAAUAACAUCGUUAAACCACAAAUAUUUUAGACAACUUUUGGAAGAAUGUUUAUCACUUGGCAAACCUCUCCUUAUUGAAGAUGUUGGAGAGGAAUUAGAUCCAAUUUUAGAAAAUAUUUUAGAAAAGAACUAUAUUAAAAGUGGAUCAACAUUCAAGGUUAUGUUGGGAGAAAAAGAAUGUGAUGUAACAGAUGGUUUUCAAUUGUUUGUAACAACGAAAUUGCCAAAUCCAGCCUUUUCACCAGAAAUAAGCGCCAAGACUUCGGUGAUAGACUUUACGGUCACAGCUAAAGGGCUAGAAGAUCAGCUACUUGGUAGAGUCAUGUUAUCCGAAAAAUCGGAAUUAGAAAAUGAAAGAGUUAAAGUCAUUAGUGAGAUUGUUGAAAGUAAAAACAACAUCAAAGAAUUGGAAAACAAUUUACUGGAUCACCUAACUAGCGCUCAGGGAUCAUUGGUGGACAAUGAGGGCCUUAUGGGAAUUCUCCAGGACACAAAAGCUACUACUCUCCAAGUGUCUACCAAGUUGGGUGUAGCAGCUACAACGCAAGCUAAGAUAAACGAAGCCAGAGAAGAAUUUCGUUUUGUAGCAGCCCGUGGCAGCCUCCUAUAUUUUCUUAUAGUGGAGAUGAGUGUCAUCAAUGUUAUGUACCAAACAUCUUUAAAGCAGUUUUUAGGACUUUUUGAUAUUUCUAUUGUAAGGUCAGAUCCAGACGCAGAUAUUCAAAAAAGAAUUCGAAACAUUAGUGAGUAUUUAACUUAUGAAGUGUACCGUUACGCCGUAAGGGGAUUUUAUGAAUGCCACAGAUUUCUUUUUGUUCUUAUGUUGGCUUUAAAACUGCAAAUGGAAGGUGGAAAAAUCCAGUAUAAUGAGUUCUUUGCUUUCGUUAAAGGAGGUGCCUCUUUAGAUCUGAAAUCAGUCAGAACUAAGCCUUAUACUUGGAUACCUGAUGUGAUUUGGCUCAAUAUUGUUCAACUGAGUCGGUUACGCAACUUCUCAACACUUCUUGAUGAAGUAUGCAGCAAAGAACAGGAAUGGAAAAUCUGGUAUGACUCUGAAGCACCGGAAAAUACGCCUUUCCCUUGUGGUUAUGACAAAGUUUUAGAUUCUUUUGGAAUUUUAUUGAUGAUAAGAGCAUGGUGUCCAGAUAGAACACUCUCUCAAGCAAAACGAUUUAUUUCGGCCUCUUUAGGUUCGAAGUUUGUGGAAGGUGUUCUUCUUGACUAUGAAGAUAUGUGGCAAGAAUCGGAUAGCCGAACACCUCUAGUAUGUUUGCUUUCAACCAGCGGUGAUCCGAGCAUGCAAGUUCAUUUUUUUGCUAAAAAGAAUGAACUGGAGUAUAAUGCAGUUUCAAUGGGACAAGGACAAGAAGUACCAGCUCGUCGAAUAUUGAAUAAGAUGUGCAAGACUGGUGGUUGGGUUAUGCUGCAGAACUGCCACUUGAGCUUAGAUUUCAUUCAAGAAGUACUAGAAAUUUUGUCCGAAGAAAAUGAUAUUCACGAAAACUUUCGACUCUGGAUAACAACGGAAGUACAUCCAGUGUUUCCCAUCAGUCUACUUCAGAUUUCGAUUAAGUUCACAAACGAGCCGCCACAAGGAAUUAAAGCUAGUCUAAAAAGAACUUAUGCCAGCCUCCCAGAUGACAUACUAGAAUACAGUAAUGCUCCCCAAUGGCAGCCUCUGCUUUUUGGCAUUGCUUUCCUGAAUACCAUUGUCCAGGAAAGAAGGAAAUUUGGACCUUUGGGCUGGAACAUUCCUUACGAGUUCAACCAGGCUGAUUUUCUGGCUUCUAUGAAAUUCAUGCAGAAGCAUCUUGAUGAUAUGGAAACGAAGAAAGGUCCAUGUUGGCGAACCAUAAGAUUUAUGCUGGCGGAGGUGAAAUAUGGAGGUCGCGUAACUGACGAUUUCGACAAAAGACUGCUCACAACUUACAUGAAUGAAUGGUUCAAUGAAAAGAUACUUCACCACCAUUUUGAAUUCUAUCCAGGCUACAAAUUGCCAGUGUGCAAUAAUCUGAGACAAUGCUUGGAUGGAAUCAGAAGAAUUCCAGCCGAUGAUUGCCCUCCAGUGUUUGGAUUGCAUCAGAAUGCAGAUAUAACGUAUCAAAUUAAUACUGCCAAUGACGUUUUGGAUGCUUUGAUCCGUGUACCUCCACAAGAUUCGGCUAGUGGGGUGGAGACUAAAGAAGAUAUAGUCAGCAAAAUGGCAGAAGAAAUGCUUCAGAAAAUGCCGCCAGAAUAUGUGUCACACGAGGUUCGUCGAGCACUUCAAGAGAUGGGUCCAUUGCAGCCUAUGAAUAUUUUCCUGAGACUUGAGUUAGAUCGCAUGAAUAAAGUACUGACCACAGUCCGGAAUGAUUUGGUAGACUUACAAUUAGCCAUUGAUGGUGUCAUAAUCAUGAAAGAUUCCUUACGAGAUGCUCUGGAUGCCAUCUACGAAGCAAGAGUUCCUGAACUCUGGACUAAGGUAUCUUGGGAAUCGAGUACUUUGGGAUUUUGGUUUACAGAACUAUUAGAAAGAGAUCAGCAAUUCAGACAGUGGUGUUUCAAUGGAAAACCACAUGCUUUUUGGAUUUCUGGUUUAUUCAACCCAACAGGAUUUUUAACUGCUAUGAGACAGGAAGUAACAAGAGCACACCAAGGUUGGGCUCUCGAUUCCGUGUCUCAACGCAACAAAGUGACAUCGUUCAUAAGUUCGUCUGAUGUGACAGAACCUCCCACAGAAGGUGUGUAUAUUUAUGGCCUGCAUCUGGAAGGUGCCUCUUGGGAUAACAAGUCCGGUUGUCUCAGGGAGUCAGUACCCAAAGUUCUGUUCGAACUUUUACCUGUAUUACACGUGUACGCAAUACAGAGUACAGCUGGAAAGAGCCCAGAUGUAUAUGAGUGUCCAGUGUACAAGAAAAUACGAAGAACGGAUGAAACGUACAUAACAUCGAUCGAUUUAAAAAGUGAACGGAACCCAAAUUACUGGAUAUUACGAGGAGUUGCUCUGUUGUCGGAUAUAAAAUAAAAGUAUUAGAUCAUAGAAAAUAUUUAAUGCAAGUUAUCAAGUCCUAUAUCAAAAUGUAAGAACUUUAUACGUCAUGUAAUAUAUCUUUAAUACUUUUAUUGUGUAAUCAGUUCAAAAACUGAUGGUUUCAUCGCUGAUAUUUGAUAGGUAAGUUUGCUUCACUUACUGAUCUGGUUCUGCUGUUUAGUAUUUCUAUUUAUAUCCGUAUCUGUUUAUGUCUUCUAUUGUUAUAUAUUACAUGCUGAACAAAAUGAUAUUUUUAAAAACAUUGCUUUUAUAUAAUUUCAAAACACUGAUUUUUAAUUAAUUGCAAGAUUAAAACUAUUUAUUACACGCAUUUCAUACGUUUAAUUUGAAAUGUUGCUCGCAGUUUAAUCUCAUUUUUAAGCAUAAUUAUUAUAAUUACCUUUCCAAGUGAUGCUGUAAAGUUAAUUUUUCUAAUUUCUGGCAUAAUAAUUCUGACAGAAACAUAACGAGAUUCAUUUUGGUCAACGGUUACAGGAUUUCAGCUGUCGAUUUUUCCGAAAAUGUAAUAAGUCUCUAUUUAAUAGUGCUAUAAAUGUAAGAAUGCUUUAAAUCUCGAUUAUUUUUUGUGAGAAACUAAUUACAAUUUUCUCUUCCAAAAAUUUCUUUAAAAUGCUUUAAAAUUUAAUUUUACUAAUUUGCAUCACAAAUCUAAAACAUUUU